UAAUACUAAAUGACAAGAAAGUAAUAGAAAUGGAAAAUGUACUGAAGCCAGUCUGGUGUACAGUUCCUAUUAAAAGGAUUUUCUCAAUAACAUUUAUUAUUCAUGUAUAUUCAUUGCAUGAGGAAUGAUGAUGCUUGUCAAAAAAGAAAAUGUUCAAGUGUUAAGCUAAACUCGUCCAGUAGUUGGCAGUAAUAAGACUCGGAAGGUGUUCUAAUCUGCCAUUUCUAAGAAACGAAAGAAGCGAGGUUAAUGUACAUCUUUAAGGGGGUAUAAUUAUUUCACAAUGACAUAUGCGGAUCGACGACAAAAUAAACACUGUUACACGACUUUAACAUUUUGAACGACGCAGUAAUGUUUGGAGAAGCGGGGGCACAAUGUUAAAAACCGGCACUAAAUGUUUUGGAAGAUUUUUAUUCUGGAUUGAUGUCACUAAAUAUGUUACGCGGGUUUGCUUGCUUGAUUGAAAGUUCCGCGCAUUUAUUUCAUCGUUGACCCCUCUUUAACCGCAUAAAGGAUGAAGAGCGCUCCUUAUUAGUGGGUACUCCCCCUUUAUCUUUUCCGUUCCUCAGAGUAGAGAACUCCUUAUAAAUAAACAGAAGAAGCCACAUGAUCAGUCAAGUGCAGCCUCAACAGCUCCAACCUGAGGCUUGAAAAGGAAGCAUCUGUCCCAGCCUGUUUAUAUCGGUGGGGAGAUUUGACACUGGACCUCUAUUUGUCCUCUUUGUUAUUCCAUGUUUCCUCAAUUUGACUAUUUCGAUUUAUUUUCAUAGGUCAGCUGUUGCUACCAGUUGCAUAUUACAAGGAAUUAUAUUUUUUGUUCUCGUUCCAUUCGAACAAAUAAAAAGAUGAGGACUUUUCCACAAAAGGAAAAUAAUUGAACAAGCUUUACUGCAGGGAAUAAACGAACGACAUGAAGAAUACAGGAAGAAGUCUUUCGGAUUGCCGUGGGUAAUUGUGAGACCGGGGAGCCCGUGAUUGCCCGUCGAUGGCUUAAGCUGAGCAUUCGCCACCGCCGUCAUCGUCGUUUUCUUCCUCGUCCCCUCGGCCUGCGUGCGGAUGUGGCGCUCCUUCGUUCAUGCUAACAACACGCAGAGAACUGGAAGCAGCAGCGGUGAGCGGCACGGGCGGACAAGCGCCUCGUGAGCGGCUCCUUUAAGAGUGUCAUCGCUCACAUUGACGAAAUUAUUUGCUCUGUUUUCUGCUGCUGCUCGAGUGGAAGUCGAGACUAGCAAAGGAGACAACCUUUACACGAGGGUGCUGGCAUCCGGACAGAACAACUUGCGCGCGCUACGCCCAGAAGUUUUUUUUUUUUUUUGGCUUACAACAGAACGGAGCUCUUCGACAUCGGAUCCGAUGUUUUGGCUUCCUUGUAGAGCGAGUGAAAGCGCUGCAAGGCUCUGUCGGCAGGUGUGGGGAUAAGAAGCUCUGAGGCUCAAGUACGACCUCCGCGUUCAUGAAACUUUGCCCCAAUAUUAGUGCUGGGAACACACUUCGUCAUGUUAAGGUAAAACAGAAGACCUUUGUGUUGAACAUGCUAAAACGGUUGGACAAAAUAAGGUUCAGAGGACACAAGCGAGAUGAGUUCCUUGAUUUAGCUGAAUCUCCCAAUGCUUCAGACAAUGAAUGUAACGAUGAAGUUCCAGUGAAGCAACGAACAUCUUUUAAGGAAACUGAUGACUUAAGAGACCUUGCUGUUCCAGGAAACCUUGCUAUGGCUGCUGCAAUACAGGAUUUCCAGAGAACAGAAUCUGAAAAAUUAAAUGAAAUCAAGGGUCAUCUGGAAAUUGCUUUAUUGGAAAAGCAUUUCUUGCAAGAAGAACUGAAAAAGCUUCGAGAAGAAACUAAUGUUGAAAUUCUAAGGCAAGAGUUGGAAAAAGAAAGGUUAAAAAGAGUGGAAUUGGAGCAUAAGGUGAAUGAAUUACUAAAAACAAGGGCAGAGGAAUCUGCAGCACAGCAACUAGCAAAAAGCCAGGUUACUGUAAAUGGAACAGAUAAACGAGGAGAUACUUUCUGUUCUAGAUUUCAAAAAUGGUUUUAUGAUAGGUUUGGAGUGUAUGUUGAAGACUUUCGUUUUCAGCCUGAAGAAAACACUAUAGAAACAGAAGAACCUUUAAGUGCUAAAAGGUUAACAGAGAACAUGAGGAGAUUAAAGCGAGGUGCCAAACCUGUCACAAGCUUUGUACGGAACCUUUCUGCCUUAUCAAACUGGCAUUCAGUUUAUACUUCAGCAAUUGCCUUUAUUAUAUAUAUGAAUGCAGCCUGGCAUGGAUGGGCCAUUCCAAUGUUCCUGUUUUUAGCCAUUUUGAGGUUAUCGCUGAACUAUCUCAUCUCAAGGGGUUGGAGAAUACAGUGGAGCAUUGUGCCUGAAGUCUCAGAACCUGUGGAACCUCCAAAAGAAGAUCUUACAGUGUCAGAAAAAUUUCAACUUGUUCUUGAUGUUGCACAAAAAGCACAGAAUCUCUUUGGCAAGAUGGCAGAUGUUUUGGAAAAGAUUAAAAACUUAUUCAUGUGGGUCCAACCAGAAAUAACACAGAAGCUCUACAUAGGAUUAUGGAUCGCAUUUAUAGCUUCUUGCUUUCUUCCUUACAAGCUGUUAGGAUUUAUAAUUGGAGUAUAUGCUGGGAUAAAGUUUUUCAUAAUAGAUUUUGUCUUCAAAAGAUGUCCCAAGCUUCGAGACAAGUAUGAUACACCUUACAUUAUCUGGAUGAAUUUGCCUACAGACCCACAGCUCAAAGAGAGGUCAAAUGCAACAAUGUCAAGACGGAUCCAGCCUGUUGUUACAAGAUCAAGUCUUGGAACACCCACCCCUACUGGUAUUAGUAGGGAAGAAGAAGGGGGCAGGUCACAUAGCACCAAAAAAGGCAGUUUUCAUGAAAUAUUUAACUUGUCAGAAAAUGAGCGUCCUCUGCCAGCAUGUGAAAAUGGCUGGCGCUGCUGCUUAAUUAACCGGGACAGAAAGAUGCCAACUGACUACAUUCGCAAUGGAAUACUUUAUGUAACAGAAAAUUAUUUAUGCUUUGAAAGCUCGAAGUCUGGUUCAUCCAAGAAAAAUAAAGUAAUUAAAUUGAAAGAUAUUACAGAUAUUCAAAAGUAUAAAGUCCUGUCUGUUCUACCUGGAUCUGGGAUGGGCAUUUCCAUAGCAACACCAUCUACACAAAAACCUCUAGUGUUUGGUGCCAUGAUACACAGAGACGAGGCCUUUGAAACGAUAUUUACCCAGUAUAUGAAAAUAAUGACUGCAGCUUCCACAAGUGAAACUUAACAGCACGUCGACAAAGACCAACUAUAUCCUUGGUUUGGCAGAGGGGCAGGGAAAUUGUUUCCUGCUUUGCAAUACUUUUUCACCAUAGUGAAAUGUACAUUGUACAGAUUGUGGAUUUUAUAUUUGCCUCCAGUUUUUUUUUUUUUUUUCUGUUUGUUUUUAUUACUGUAAUUAUCACUGCAAGCCUUGCACAGUAAGCACUUUUAGCAUUUGUUUGCAGGUGCUUUGAAAGUGUAAAAAGAAAAAAAAAUGAAGUUCUGUCUGACUGGAACAUAGUAAAACAAAGCUGAUGUUUUUUUCUUUUUUUUUUCUUUUUUUAAUCUGUUAUUUUCACUUACAGUAUGUUUAAUGGUUUACUAUUCUGGAAUCUAAACACAGUGAACGGUAUAAUUUUUUAUUUCGGUAAUCUUUUUAUUUUAAAACAUUAUUUAGUAAGUAAAUACCCUUUUCAUAUCAAACAUAUAAGAAAUACUUUUUUUUUUUUUUUUUUUUUUUUUUUUUUUUUACUAAGUUGUCAUGGAGCAACAAAAAAAAACUCAUGCACCCUCAGAAUUGGGACUCAGGGAUACACAAGUCCUAAUGCUAAACCACAAGUUAUAUUGUAUGUUUUUAGUGGAAAUAACUACCAUCUUGAAAGUAUAGCAAAUAUGUAACUUAAAAAUUGUUAAGGUUCUUUAUUUGCUUUAAAUAAUGUAUGAACUGGUAUGUGUCAGAUGAACAGAAAACAAAAAUAUAUAUUUAAUAUAUAUAUAUAUAUAUAUAUAUUAGAUAAAUUAAGUGCAUCAAGUAUUUAUUGAUCUGAAUUGACAGGUUCAUAAUAGGUCAUUAGUCUCAGGUAUUAUAGAAGAAUAAUACACAGUUUUUUAAUCUUCUUUUCAGAGAUAAGAGACUUCAUAUUUCUCUCUAACAUUAAUUUUGAUGUGAUCAGAAUGGCAUUAGUGAGAUGAGGCACUGAAGCCCAUCAGUAAAUUAAACUACUGACCUUGCCUACUAACUGUAAAACUAUUUAUAAUAAGACUGGAAGUACUUUAUUUCUGUAAAACAUUUUUUCAUUCCAAUCUAUAUUACUAUGGACUUUAGUGUUUUUAAAUAAUCACUUCUCCAUCCUCCCUGUAAAACAGGCUUUAGUUCAUAAGAAAUCAGCAACAUUUUAGCAAUGUUUAAAGAACACAUUUUAUUCCAUUAAAGCAGACAGUUGUGCUUUUCACAGCAUUUAAAGAGGUUUCAGACCAGUCACAUUGUUUUAAUAUUUGUGUUAAAGCUACAGUUUUCUUUCAAGUCAUACCAAUUUAAAUCUUUAUCACUAUAAUCAUUUUCUGGCACAAGGAGCUUACAACUUUACUCUGUAUUUUUAGAGAUUUACAGACCAUGUGCCCACCUUUUCAGUAUACAUUACCAUUUAAUAUUUGUUGUUAAAAAUUACUAUUUUACUUAUAUCCAUUACUUAAUCUAUGUUACAGCAGUUUGCUUUCCAGAUGAUUUAAAGUUAUGGGUUUUUUCUUAUAUAUGUUAAAAUCUAAGAACAUCAAUCCUGAUUGUUGCACUUAAACCUUAUAUUUUGAGUGUUUUUACCUAUCCCUAUGAUUUACAGUUUUUGCAGUCAUGGAUUUUACAUCUAUUUAAAAAAAAUGUCUGAAGGUGAUCCAUGCUGCUGCUUGCAAACACAGGUUUCUAGCAGGCAGUUCUUCUUUUUCUGUAAACUAAGAGCCUUCCCUAAAAAUGGUAUUUCUCAAGUGUGGUUCAUUUCACAUGAUCUUCACUUCUGUGUCCUUGUUGAUAGAAGUACCUUUGGCUGAGAGCUAUUCUUUUUAACAGCUUAGAUAUGUAUAUCCAUGCAAUAUUUUCUCCAGCUGUCUUUGCAAAUGUAACCGUAUCUAUAAAAUCAGUCUUUAAAGCAUCAAGACUC